AUGCGCACAGAUAUGCGAAUGAUGGAAAGCGAAUUAGGCAUGCUGCGAUUUAGAGGAUACCUGAGAUUUAAAACAAUACAAGAUUUACAGAAAUUUUACGAAAGUUGCUGUACACCAUUAACUCAGUCGUUGUUCAUUCGUAACCUUAGCUCUGGACUCAAGUAUCUCAACUAUACGUAGCUGCAUACAUCUGAAUGCGAUACGUGUCGAAUGGAGUUUACCUCGAGCGAAAUUAGAUGCGUUUUUUGCAAUUUCAUAUGCACGACAUAAUUGUACUGUUACAAUUUAUAAAAGUAAACCAAAGAAAAAAAUUCUUUUACUUAGCUUCAAAUAUAAAUCUGUAAAAGUUGAAAAAAAUGUUAAAUGUAUACCUCAGACCGUUUCAUAUUACAAUCAAACUAAAUUCGGUGUGGACAUGACCGAUCAAAUGGCGAGGAAAUAUAGCAUAUCUAAAUUCUCGCAGAUGGCCUGUCCAAGGAAACGACAGGGGAAAAUAUAUGGAGACAAGAUUUUUUUACUCCAGUUAACAAUAGUACUUGUUUAUCGUACGCUGAUUAUCGAGAAGCUCGGGAAGAAUAAAAAGAAAGAACAAAUACGGAAGGAACAUUGA